AGGAAGGUCGUGCCAUUUACAACAACAUGAAGCAGUUCAUCCGCUACCUGAUCUCGUCCAACAUUGGUGAGGUCGUGUCCAUCUUCCUGACUGCCGCCCUGGGUCUGCCGGAAGCUCUCAUCCCGGUUCAGCUGCUGUGGGUCAACCUGGUCACUGACGGUCUGCCAGCUACCGCUCUCGGCUUCAACCCACCGGAUCUGGACAUCAUGACCAAGCCGCCGCGUAAGGCUGAUGAAGGUCUGAUCUCUGGAUGGUUGUUCUUCCGUUACAUGGCCAUCGGUGGAUAUGUCGGUUGCGCUACCGUCGGUGGUGCUGCCUGGUGGUUCAUGUUCUCUGAGACUGGCCCGCAGCUGUCGUACUGGCAGCUCACCCACCACCUGUCCUGCCUGGGCGGUGGCGAGGAGUUCAAGGGUCUUGACUGCAAGAUCUUCAACGACCCGCAUCCGAUGACCAUGGCUCUGUCCGUGCUGGUCACCAUUGAGAUGUUGAACGCCAUGAACAGCUUGUCUGAGAACCAGUCGCUGAUCCAGAUGCCGCCAUGGUGCAACUUGUGGCUCAUUGCCUCCAUGUGUCUGUCGUUCGCUCUCCACUUCGUCAUCCUCCACGUUGACGUUCUUUCCACCGUUUUCCAAGUUACGCCACUGAACGGAGAUGAGUGGAUCACCGUCAUGAAGUUCUCGCUGCCGGUCGUGCUGCUGGAUGAAAUCCUGAAGUUCGUCGCCAGAAGGAUUUCGGACGGUGAGAGCUAUAUCAAAAAUAUGCAUGGACUAGUGUUAGCGUGGGCCGUGUUCUUUGCUUACAUCAUAUGGGGUCCAUAAAGCGUUGGCAGUCACAAAAAGAUGUGUGAGAUGCUAAUGAUGAGAUACACUUAGAUAGAAGCACAUCCACUCUCGCCUACCUACUAAGGAAACUACUACUGUUUACUAGGGCUAAUAGAAAGUCAGAAGAGAAGCGGGCGGGGAGGUGGGGAGGUGGGCGUCUAGGUAAACUACGAACCUUAUACAGGCUAUAAAACACACCAACAUACACACGCGCCCGCGUCCCCUCUACCCGCCCGAGGAAACUCGUGGAAGAACGUGGAUCGACGACGAGUAGGAGGAAUACGAUGGAAGGAGUAGUUAAGGACUGGUAUCGGUAAAAUCGGUCGUAAAACAUACCCACAUCUCUAUAGCACACAUACAACAACACUGAUCGGGAAGGGGAAAAUCGAAUCCAUUUCCCAAGUCCUCGAUCGCGCAACCGAUUCACCAACCGAAGGGGGAAACACGCCACUAUUCAUUCGAGUCUAGGUUUUUUUUUACUUCGAAAAUCUAUCAUAAAGAUUUUUACCCAUUAAACAAAUAUUCAUUCGUUUCGAGAGCGGGAAAAACAAAACCAAAACACAAAACACAAAACGACCUCUUUCUCCCCCUAUGCAAGCAUAAAUAUGUGCACUAAUUCUCUGCACAAUCUUUUCUGCGCCGCGCCUCUCCGUGAGAGCGGAUAAUUGUAGUUAAUGUGGAGAAAUAUCGUCCAAAGUCUGCCUGGCGCGAAAAUAUUCUAGAAAAGAAUUUUCACUUUAUCUGUUUGAUUGUAUGUAUAAUCGGAAAAGAUUAUUUUCUCUAUUUUGUUUUUUUUUUGUUUUUACCAUUACGUACGUACUAUAAAUAUUGCUACUAUUUCUACGACUACCCCAGUCUAGUUUGCACUACGGAACCCUUACCUUUUACCACUACUUCUACUAUUACUACUACUAGUGCUACUUAGCAAAACUUUUGUUUCAUGAGCGCGCGCCGUUUUGCGUGCAGGUAGUAGAUAGAGGAAGAGAGAAGAGAAGAGCGCAUUAUAUGUAAUUCCAAUAUUUAGCAAAUUCCUUGUAAAGAGUUUAGAUAAAGAAGUAAACAAAACAAAACGAGGUGUCGGACCUUUCUCAAGCGGAACAAGUUGGGCUUAUAGUCGAGCCGCGCUCGAGAACGUGGAGUGAAGAGACACACUUACACACGAUUGAUGUCCUCUCCUCGUGUAUCCGGUUCCCUAGAGCGGAAGAGUAGCGGACACUCAACAGUGAUCGAAAACCGCCGCGAUACAGGAAUGAUGAUGGGGUGAUAGUUGAACUAUUAUUUUAAUUAAACUAUUUAAAAGCUAUCUCUUCUGUUUUGGGAGUGUUUUCCCGGUUUUCCCAAACAUUUAAGGCACACAUACACACAUCCCAUACAUACACAAUCCCACUUCGAAUAAGCAACCAUGCAAACCCCAGGUAGAACAGUUGAUUAGGAGCAAAGGUUUUUUUUUUAUUGAAGGCUUAACCAAUCACAACACGAGCAGCACAUGGUUUUACAUAGUAGGCUUAGCACACUUUUCAAAUCUCAACGCACUCUACGAUGUGGACCCCAUAUAAGAAAAUCACACAGAGCGAUCAGCCAGUGAUUCGCGUACUAUUAAAAUAAGGCUUGGGGUGAUCUCUGUCCCCCCGGAAAGCAACCCACAUACCGCCCAAAGGGCGUGCGAGACGCCACCCGGUAUGUGCGUGUUCUUGCGUGCGUGAACACAAUAAUGGCAGUGAAUGCGUGUGAGCCGAAGUUUAUGAUAUGCUGAUAUGCUGCUGUAAUACUAUAUACUUACCUUGUAUAAAACCACCGUCGUUCCGUUUUGUCAUAUGCAGCAGGAACGAGACUGUUUUAAUUUCUUCUAUAAGCUCGCUCUCCUCUUCAUCCCUUUCACAAACACCGUGCAUCCAUUAUCGAUCGUUAAACAGACGGAAGAACGAUUGGCUCUAUAUAGAGUCGGAUCGAAAGUUGUGUGCAGAAUUAUUAAUGCGCAUCCACUACAUUUUAACAGCUUUAGUAAAAAAGAAUACGCGUGUGUGUGUGUAUGAAAAGUUUGUUGCAAUCUAUCCUAAGUUAAGUCAAGAUUUCUUUCCACCCACCAAACAACGAACGAAUGGUGCGCUAGGGACGUGUGUGUGUGUGUGCGUGUGUGUAUAUUUUUCCCAUUUCUAUUCCUUGAAAAGAGCGAAAUUUGUGUGGCUUAAGUUUUCCGCUUUUAGGAUUUUCUAGUAUAAUUAAGUGAUUAAAGCCUGGAACAUUUUCUCUAGGUUUGGAAAUUACUUAAAUUUCCCGUUUUUAAAUUAUAACUAACUCUUCACCACCCACACACACACAUGCCUCGCCUCAGCAUACCCAUUUAAUCCCCUUGCAACCCCCUAUUGUUCGAGAAGAUCACUCUAUGCAGUGGCUCUCUCUUUCUCCUUCUUCAUCUCCCUGUCUGUCCUACCACACACCACCGAACCUUCACAACAAGAACAGCUAUGUUAAGGUUUGACGCAUUGUUGCGAAUGACAAGCUUUAGAGUGUCCUGUCCUUCCAUCUUGCUCCCUAACUCUCUUACUCUCCGCCUUCGUAUAUCUCUCUAUCCAUCUUUCCUAACUUCCGAUUUAAGUUAUGAGCGUGAAUUACUUAACUUAUUUAGUAAAAAGAAAAGAUCAAACUCAACCGCAUACGAAACAUACAAGAAUAUGAUUGAGCUAAUUGUGUGGAGGACGCUAAUAAAAUAAAGAAGUGAAGACGCGGCUAAGAACGUGAGACGUAAAAGAACAUCCUUGCUAGGAUUUUUUAAUUUUUAACGUUUCAUUGAAUCGAUUUCGAAAAAAAAACCACGACGACGCGAACUAAAAGUAUGAAAUAAUAAGAACCUGGAGAAUGUGAUCGUUCUUCUCUUGGUCGCUGGAAAGAAGCCGCUGACGAGAAUUGUUUUAUCGGACAUGAAGUUGUCUUCGGUGAACUGUUUACUCGUGGCGAGUUACAUUAUCGUCAUUUUGACCUACGAAUCCACUCCACUAGAGGGCAGAUGGAAUCGCGUUAAAACGAACUGAGUUUUGUUUUUGGUUUCUCCUCCGAAUGUUCCAAUUUUCCCAAUAAAUAAUGCUUCUGUUGACUGUUAGACUGAAGUGUGCGGGGAAGCUUCCAUCCCUAUGGGGCUUUCCGUUUGCUUUUCACUUAUUUUUUUUUUACUGAUUUGUGGCUUCCGGAGAAACCCGAGACUAACCAGAGAUAUUGUGUGCCUAGAAUAGAGACAAAACUGAGACCGUGGUUGAGAUUUUGCACCGUUAUUCCAUCCAGCAAGUGAAACAACAAGGGAAAAUCCUAAGGAGAGGAACGAUUCAGCACAAUUAGAUAGAGCCAUCUCCCCACUAAGCUGCACUACCUGUUGGCGGGGGUUCAACAAAUUAUUGACAAACUCCAGGAGAUACAGACGGUGUAGGGUGUCCUGUUGUAAUUGUUCCUCUUUUUCCUUCAUAUUGCAAACAUUUGCUAUUUAUUUUUAUUUUCCUUUUCGCUACGUACCGUGUACAAAUGAGCACGCACGUUUUUCUGGUUUUCACUCUACAAAGCUUUUCGGAUUUUGGCAUUGGAAUCGAUUAUUGUCGAUUGUUCUUUUGAAAGACGAUUUAAUUUUUAUCUCUUUACCCACCUAGAAGGUGUAUGGAAAAAUGGGAAUUCACUAAUGAAUACACCGACCCAGAGAAUUUUUAGUUUUUUUUAGGUGUUUGUGUGUGUAUGUGUGAAUGUCCAUGCCAAGGAAAACAGGGGUCCGUAGAAUAAUACCCAUUUAGCAAUCACAAGCCCCCAAUAACCCCCUUGUUGUUUUCCACAUAAAAAUUGAAUUGGAUGGCACGAACACGUUGAACGUUUGUACUUACACGCUGUAUGGAGUGUGUAAGUUGUUAGUUUUUUCAUACAAACUGUAUGUGUGUGUGUGCAGUUGUUAGAGGCGAGCAAAAUAAGAAAAUAAAAACACAUAACAAUAAAAUAUAAAACAUACACACGAAAUCAAAACACACAUUAACAAAGCAAAACAAACCAAUAGAGAACAUUCUAACACACAUUGAAAAAGAAACUCCGUUUAGGUGAUAAGGUAAGACAAGAAGCAAGCUAAAGUGAAACACACAACUAGGUAAUGCAAUGGUCAUGAAAGGAUGUAGGAAAACGCUACACACUGAUUGUUGCUGCACUCCGUUUUCGGUCACAAUCGACGUGCAGUGGCAGCAUCCCCCCCUCUAAAUCCCUCCCCCUAUUGAUUGCGGAUUGAUUGUGCAUAUUCGCUAAACCAAACCGGAUGGAGAGGAAGAAGGGAGUUGAUUUCAAACGAAAAAAAACCCCGUUCGUUAACAUAGAGAGAGGAUAAACAAUACAAAGAUCGAGCAAACGUAGAAAAAACGAAGAAAUCGACGGGGAAAGCUUCUUGCUCUUCCCUUUCUGAGGAAGCGGUCGAUAAAAAAAUACACAAAAAAACAAACAAACUAAAGAUAGUUUGAAGGAUGGCAACAUAAUGCCGUUGAGUGGAGAUAAAAGCGUAAACGAG